AAGUUCUUUCUAGCAACUUUCCUCACCGAAAGCACCCUCCAAACCAUUUUACAACAAACACAUCCAUUCAUAUCAUUCACAUUUGAAGUAUAAAAGUUUCUUGCAAAAAUCAUUCAAAUUUGUAUCAAAAACUUUGCAAUGGCUUCUGUUAAGGUUCUAUGCUUGUUAGUUUCUCUAAUGGCAUGUUCUGUCAUACUUGCAUCUGCUGCUGGUAAUUUCUACCAAGAUACGGAUGUCACUUGGGGUGACGGUCGUGGUAAGAUACUCGAUAACGGACAGCUUCUUACUCUUUCUCUUGACAAACCUUCUGGUUCUGGUUUUCAGUCCAAGAACGAAUACCUGUUUGGCAAGAUUGAUAUGCAAAUUAAGCUUGUACCCGGAAACUCUGCUGGUACUGUCACUGCCUACUAUUUAUCUUCGCAAGGGCCAACACACGAUGAAAUCGACUUUGAGUUCUUGGGUAAUCUAAGCGGAGAUCCUUACACUCUACAUACUAAUGUAUUCAGCCAAGGAAAAGGGAACAGAGAGCAACAAUUCCAUCUCUGGUUUGACCCAACUGCUGAUUUUCAUACUUACUCUAUCCUUUGGAAUCCCCAACGCAUUAUCUUCUCUGUGGACGAUACUCCAAUUAGAGAAUUUAAGAACUCAGAAUCAAUUGGCGUUCCCUUCCCAAAGAACCAACCAAUGAGGAUUUACUCUAGUCUAUGGAAUGCGGAUGACUGGGCUACCAGAGGAGGCCUUGUGAAAACCGACUGGUCCCAUGCUCCCUUCACUGCAUCCUACCGUAACUUCAACGCCAAUGCAUGUGUUCCAUCUUCAUCAAGUGCCUCUUCUUGUGGUUCACAAUCUAGCUCUUCCGGCAACAAUGCAUGGUUUUCACAAGAAUUGGAUUCAACAAACCAAGAGAGGAUGAGAUGGGCCCAAAAGAACUACAUGAUCUACAAUUAUUGUACGGACACAAAGCGUUUUCCUCAGGGCAUGCCUCCAGAAUGUGCUGUUGCUAAUCUCUCUUAGAUCGAUACAUAUAUCUGUUAUCAACAUAAAGCACCAAUAUUACCAAUUCUUUUAUUCAUUUCUUAGUUCUGUUUCUGAGGGGAAAUGGUUCUUUUCAUACCCUGUAUUAAUAUAGUGUAUUUUAAAGAAAUAUUGAUUAAACAUGUCAAGUUCAAGCCAAAAAAAGAACACUCAAUUUUAUGUGAAAAACAACCAUUUGUAUACA